AUGACGCCACCAACCGGAGACGAGAACACGCCUGUGCAAGUUACCAAGACUGCUGACGGCAUCACUACCAUCACCAUUAGCAGACACCACCGCAGAAAUGCAGUUGACGGCCCUACCGCACGAAAGCUGACCGAGGCUUUUAUUGCUUUCGAAGACGAUCCUACUCAAAAGGUGUGCGUCUUCCAUGGCGCCCAUGGAUCCUUCUGCGCCGGCUUCGAUUUACACGAGGUUGCCAAAUGGAAUGGUCCCGGAGACAUGGACUACAUGGGCCCAAUUGUUGAUGGCGGUCAUGCCGUGACCGGUGACCGCCAAAUCGGGCCUAUCGGUCCCUCUAGGCUUCAGAUCAAAAAGCCUGUGAUCUGUGCAGUGGCAGGAUAUGCUGUUGCAGGAGGCAUGGAGCUGUCUCUCCUGGGCGAUAUCCGUGUCGUUGAAGAGGAUGCUGUUUUCGGCAUUUUCUGUCGACGCUUUGGUGUUCCACUCAUCGACGGUGGCACAGUUCGGCUCCAAGCAAUUAUUGGUCUCGGCCGUGCCUUGGAUCUGAUCCUCACCGGCAGACCAGUUGGGGCUCAAGAGGCUCUCCAGAUGGGUCUUGCAAACCGCGUUGUUCCCAAGGGACAGUCUUUGGAGGAGGCUACGAAGAUUGCUAGACAGCUGCUUGGCUUCCCCCAAGAAUGCAUGAACGUGGACCGGUCAAACUGUUACUACUCGGUUUAUAACGCGACGUCGUUUGUGGAUGCGCUGAGAAAUGAGUUUGCGAAUGGAUCGCAGGUAAUUACGACGGAGAGCGUCAAGGGCGCGGCCCAGUUUAGUGCCGGAGCUGGGCGACAUGGUGUAUUUAAAAGUGCAGAUAAUUCGAACCUUUAG